AUGGACCAAUGAGAUCUAUCAUGAGGCUGGACAACCUCAUAAUGGAGGCCAUAAGCAACUUGAGGGAACCUGGUGGCUCUAACAAGACAUCAAUAGCUACAUAUAUAGAGGAUCAAUACUGGGCUCCUCCAAACUUUAAGAGAAUAUUGUCUGCAAAGUUGAAGCAUAUGGCUGCAACUGGGAAACUUAUUAAGUUGAAACGCAAGUAUAAAAUAGCCGGAGCCUCCGCAUUAUCUGAGCGAAGAUGGAAUUCAUCUGUUUCUGCGGAAGGAAGGCUCAAGAUUUCUCCAAGAAUUGUCCAUGAUGACAUUGAUCAUAUCACAAAAUCUCAGAUUGAUGAUGUUGAGUUAGCUAAUUUGAGGAGUAUGACUCCACAAGAAGCCGCUGUAGCUGCUGCUCAAGCAGUCGCUGAAGCAGAAGCUGCAAUGGCUGAAGCUGCAGAGGCUGCUCGUGAGGCUGAUGCUGCAGAAGCUGAUGCAGAAGCAGCCCAGGCUUUUGCUGAUGCGGCAAUGAAGACACUGAAAGGAAGAAACACCCCCAACCUGAAUGUACAGAUGAUUCAUGCGUGAUGGGGUUCGAUCUGAUCACUAAAGAUUCUCUCGAACGAAACCUGGUUAAUUGUCUUCCAUGCACUUGAUCUAUCAUGUAAAUAUGGCAACCAGAUAUUUAGCCUAUAACAUGAGGGAGGGGGGAGGUAUUCCUCCAGGUGAGCCCGGCGCUCAUUGUCUUCUGUCGUCGUCGUCAUUUUUGGGGGUUAGCUGUAUGUUGAUUCAUUCUAUCCUAGGGGAGACGUUUGCUGGGAAAAAAAGAACAGAAAAGAAAAGGAGAAAGACCUUGCGGGUGAUAAAACUGAGAUCACAGUGUUUGGAUCCAUUGCUUUGUGUUAGUUUAAAAUGGAUGGCAAAUGUCUUUUUUGUUGUUGUAUGAAAAUAAUAAUAAUAUUAUUAUUUAUAAUAAUGCCUAUCAUGAAUC